AUGACUGCUGAGAGCGCCAAAACCAAUGGACCCAUGCGGGAGCCAGAGGCAGGGGGGACCAAGCUGCCGGUGCCCCCCGCCCCGUCGCGGCGCCGGGGACGCAGGCUACGGCGCAAGUCACCGCCAGAGGUCCCGGUGAAAGGGCAGCUCCGCAUGCGCUCGCCGUCAGGAGCCUUCGUCAUGGUGGGCAUCUCGGUGGUCCUGGUGGGCAUGACCAUCGCCGUGGUGGGCUACUGGCCCCACCGGGGACCCGGGGGCACCGGGGCUGGCACGGGGAAUGCCAGCACCGCAGGGGACAUGAGGAGGGAGGUGGCCGCCGGGCGCCACGUGCCACACAGUGAGAAGCUCAAACUGAUCGGCCCCGUCAUCAUGGGCAUCGGGCUCUUCAUCUUCAUCUGUGCCAACACCAUGCUGUACGAGAACAGGGACAUGGAGACCCGCAGGCUGAUGCAGAAGGGUCUCUACUCCAUGGCGGCGGGUCUCCCCGAGGGGACCGGCCCCGAGGACGGGCACUGCCAGCACGGUGACGGCCAGCCCAUCCCCAAGGCCAACUCCGAGUGCGUGGAGGGCUGCUACCAGGUGGAUCUCUCCUGCCAGCCCUGCCCCGGCCCUGGCAGCAAGUGGUCCGACUGCUACGGCCCCAACCGGCUCCAGACCACAGCCGAGCUCCUCCAGCACCCAGCAGCAUCCCCCGCCGCCUCCCUCCUCAGCCUCCGCUCCGGCGCCUCCGCCGAGGCCAACCUCAGCCUCUCCUGCCGCGCCGGAGCCGAGUCCCUCCUCUCCUCGGCCGUCGGUGCCUUGGCAUUGCCUGUCAUCAAGCUCAACAACCGCUUGCUGGAUGCGGCGGCGCGGGGGGCUGGCGAGAGGGUGGAGGGGGGCCCCACCGAGCCCCCCACCGAAGCCCCGCGGCUCUCCCGGGCUCCGCUCUCCAGCGGCAGCAGCAUCCCACCCCGUGGCCAGGACGAUGGUGGUGGCCAUGUCAUCAUCAACAUGGAUGGUGGCUGCCCCGGCACGGAGACAGCGGUGGCAGAGCUCAGCCUGGAUGCGCAGCUCCACACCCCAGGACACUCCAAGUCCCUGGACCUCGGCCAGCCGGGGGUGCUGCUGGUGGCCCCCAUCAAGGACCGUAAGAACCGGAGCUGGCCCCGGCUGGACCACGUCAGCCUGGUGGGUUACGCCAAACUGGAAAGCACCGGCGAGUCCUCGGACCGGCUGCUGGAGCCCGGCGAGCCCCGGCCCAGCUCCUGGGCGGUGGGGAUGGAGCGAGGUGCGCGGGUCUGA